AUGGAUCCAAAACGACAGGUUCAGUCGUUGUCACUGAGGCGGGGAACGAAUCCCUGAACAUAACACAAGCGGCUUAAUAAACCCACAUCUGGUGUAAAUAAAAGCUCAAACAAUAGCCUGUCCCUGAAAUACAGUUUUACGCAGAUAACCUGCAGCCUCGCGAAAAUGACAGACUACGCCGAAGAGCAGAGGAACGAACUUGAAGCGAUAGAGUCCAUCUACCCCGACUCUUUUACAGUUCUUUCAGACGAGCCCACCAGCUUCACCAUCACUGUGACGUCAGACGCAGGGGAAAAUGGUGAAAUUGUGGAAGCAACGCUUAAGUUCACGUAUGUAGAGAAGUACCCGGACGAGCCUCCGCAGUGGGAGAUCUUCUCCCAGGAGAACCUGGAGGACACCGAUGUGGAGGACAUCCUCGCCUUACUGCUGCAGCAGGCGGAAGAGAACCUGGGCAUGGUGAUGAUCUUCACUCUGGUGACAGCCGUUCAGGACAAACUCAACGAAAUAGUGGAUAUGAUGAAGAACAGACGAGAAGAGGAGAAACGCCAGAAAGAGGCCGAGGCAGAGGAAGCAGAGAAGGUGUUGUUCCAUGGCACGGUGGUAACCAUUGAAAACUUCCUGACGUGGAAAGCCAAGUUUGAGCUGGAGAUGGCUGAGCUGAGGAGUAAAAAACAGAAAGAGGAGGAGCAGGGAGGGAAGCUCAAACUCACCGGUAAACAGCUGUUUGAGACGGACCACAACCUGGACACGUCUGACAUCCAGUUCCUUGAAGAAACUGGGAACAACGUCGAAGUGGAUGAGUCUCUCUUCCAGGAUAUUGACGACUUGGACUUGGAUGAGGACGACCCCGACUUUGACCCAUUACAGAUGGGGAGUGAUGAGGACUGAAUCGGGACACCUGUCCCUCACUGCGAUACGACCGUCUGACCAGUCACGUUUAUUUUGGAAAGACUCUUUAGCAGCAAUUGGAGAGAAGAUCCUCCUGAAUACACACUUACAUACACGCGCACACACACAAACAAGUUCAAUGCCUGAACCAUUUAAUUGACUGAAUAAACGUGUGACUGGGCUCUAGUGCUGUUUGACGUCCUGGUGCUACCUGGCCAGCAGAGGGCACUAUAUGUUUUCCUGGCCCAGAAUAAGCAAGAUUUAACAUUAAAGUAAUUUUCCUGCAUUCACACUUAUUUUAAGGUGCAUUCAGCAAUGGUAUUUUUAAAUAUCACUUAUUUUCCAGAAUCCCCCUUUAAGUAAUAGCAACUUAUAUAAUAACUAUGACAUUCAUAAGCAGUCAUUAUCAAAAGUGUUAUCCCAAUCUAAAGCUGAGGAGUUGAAAGCUUCUAAUGUUGAAUGCUAUUUUUAAUUAUACAUUAUAUUUGAUAUAUUGGCCGUGUGGUCAGUGUUUUGAAUCUAACUGCACAGUAAUUCAUAAAAGGUUUAAUAAAACAUGCAGUAGUUGUGUCUGAA